AUGAAUGAAGUUGCAGAACAAAAAGGUCGUGGAAGACAACUUCAGAGUAAGGUUAAUACAACCUCGCCAUCGUCAUCGUCAUCAGGGAGUGAAAGACAAGACAAUUCUUCUGAUAGUGGGACUGUUCUAAAACGACGAAGAAUUGAAGAAGACGAUUGUCCAAUUGAAAGAAUAAAACAAAAGGCAAAAGACAGCAACAAACAUGAAGAAAAGAAGUAUAAAAUGACAAUCAGAUACACAAAUAAAACAAUAGAAUCAAACAAUAAUAUGGCCAAUCAAAUCUGGAAUUUGAUUUUACGUCAGAUAAUGAAAGGAUUGGAACUUCAACUUGUGGGACGAAAUUUAUAUGACCCAAAAAAUAAAGUUUCUUUACCUCAAUAUGGACUCGAAUUAUGGCCUGGCUACAUUACUUCAAUACGUCAACAUCAAGAAAACGUUCUGCUUUGCUGUGAAAUGUCACACAAAGUUAUGCGAACUGAAACGAUUUUAGACAUUAUACGACGAUACCAAAAAGAAAAUUCUGAACAUUGGCAAGAUAAUUUUAAACGUGAAAUUAUUGGAUCAAUUGUCUUGACCAAUUACAAUAAUAAAACUUAUCGAGUUGAUGAUGUUGACUUCAAAUCAAAACCAUGCGACACUUUUAAGUUUAAAGAUCGAGAAAUUUCUUAUCAAGAUUAUUACGGAAUGCGCUACAAACUUCACAUUCGUGAUAUAAAACAACCAAUGCUUGUUUCAAAUCCAAAAGCACGUCGUGUUUUAUCACAAGAAAAAAUCAAGUUUAGUGACCAUCAUUACUUUCAAACAUCUUCCGAUUGUGUUGAUUGGACAAACGCGAUGAGAUCAAAAGAAAUGUAUCAGAAUAUUAACUUAACAAGAUGGGCAAUCGUUUAUCCAAAGAAAUUCUACGAUGUCACGAUAAAUUUUUUAAAUUCACUUCAAAAUGUUGCAAAAGGCAUGAAUUAUUCUGUUGGGAAACCAAAACAUUUUGACAUUUAUGAUGAUCGUCCAAAGUCAUACAUUGAAAAAUUGAUGAGAAUUAAUCAAGAUGAUCCUCGUUUAGUUGCUGUUAUUGUUCCUAACAAUGCUGCUGAUCGUUACUCAGCAAUAAAACGAGUGACAUGCGUUGAUGCUGCUGUUCCAACUCAAGUUAUUGUGGCAAGAACUUUAACGAAACCAAAAGGACUCAUGACCAUCGCCACUAAAGUGAUGAUACAAAUUAAUUGCAAACUUGGUGGUGCGCCAUGGAUGAUCGAUUUUCCUAUUAGUGGCGUUAUGGCGAUUGGCUUUGAUAUUUCUCACGAUCCAACAAAUCGAUCAAAAUCUUAUGGAGCUUUUGUAGCUACCAUGGAUCUCAAGAAAAAUGUGAAAUUCUUCAGCUCUGUAAGUGAACACAAGAAGGGCGAAGCAAGUGGAACAAUCGCCAAUCAUUUCAUUGGAGCUUUGAAAGCUUUCAAGUUAGAGCACAAAGCUUUACCUGAAAGAAUCAUUUUUUAUCGUGACGGUGUUGAUGAAGGUCAAAACUAUUCUGUUAUUGAAGAUGAAGUUGAACAUCUUAAGAAAAUGUUGAAAGACAUUUAUGACAAAUUUGGAAACGGAAAGAAACCAAAAUUUACUUUCAUUGUUGUGACGAAGAAAUUAAAUACGAGAAUUUUUUUGAAUAAAAAUUCAAAGUAUGAAAAUCCAGAACCAGGAACAGUCGUUGAUUCAGUAAUUACAUUACCAAAUCGUUUUGAAUUUUUCCUGGUUAGUCAAUCAGUUCGUCAAGGAACAGUCGCACCAACCAACUACAAUAUCAUUCAUCAUGAUGUGCAAGACAACGAUUUAACACCCGACCGUCUUCAAAUUCUCACAUAUAAAUAUACGCAUUUAUAUUACAAUUGGAGUGGAACGACACGGGUGCCAGCUGUCGUUCAGUAUGCGCACAAACUCGCAGAUUUGGCUGCAAAGUCUUUGCAAAGAAUUCCCAACUUGGGUUUAAACGACAAACUGUAUUACUUAUAAAGGAUUUUCUUAAAGCUUAUUUUAAAGAUGAAGAAGAACAAAUGUUCUUAACAAUAACUUUGAUAUUAAUUUAAAUAAUUAAUUUAGAAAGAAGAAAAAAGUUUCUAAAAUGUCAAAUGUGAUUAAUAAAAAGAAAAGAUUGAGAAAUUAAUAAAAAGAGGCAUUUAAGGAAAUGUCUGUUCAAUGUCUAGUAAUUUACUAGACAUUCAUGUUCAUUCAUUACAAAUAAUUUAAUUUAAUUUAGAAGCAACAUUGAGAUUAUCAAUAAAAUAAUUUCAACUUAAUAUGAUUAAGUAAAAUUUUGAAAGUGGAAGCAUGAAAAUGUUAAUAAA